AUGUCCCUCCCCAACCAAAACGCUCCUCGUGUGCGCCGUCACAAGCGUCGCAUCAAUGAUGACGGUUCUGAUCUCGCUCUUGCUGUUCGAUCUUUUGUCGACUCUCAGCAGCCUGCUGAUGAGCAAGACCUUUUCGCUCGGCAGGCAGAUGGUGCGAACCAUAUCGGUCCCGGUCGUGGUGUUAGCGCUCCCCCCAUGGGCGGUGGAUUCGGUGAUGACCAUGACACCGACUCCACUACCAACGCUGAUGCUGACGCUGAUGCCGACGCUGAUGCCGCUACUUCUACCACCACCCGUGGCGCCGGCAUGGUUCGCCCUACUCCUACUGUCACCACCCCAACUUUGACUAGAAACCUGUUCCCCCCCAUCACUACCACCACCACCAGCGCCGCCGCUGUCACCACUUCCUCAUCUCAAGGCUUCCUCGAUGGUAUUCUAGACUCUAUCUUUGACCCCACCACCACCUCUUCCAGCACUCGCGCCACUUCCACUUCCAGCUCCUCCUUCUCCUCCACCACCGCCACCUCGUCGUCGAGCACAAGGUCGAGCUCCACCAGCAGUGCCUCUUCUUCGGUUAGUAGCCCUUCUCAGUCUCCUUCUAGCACAACACAGCAAUCCGACGCGCAAGAAACUUUGACUCGAAACAACAACAAUAACAACAACAACAACAACAACAACAACAACAACAACAACAACAACAACGAUGAUGAUGAUGAUGAUGAUGAUGAUGAUGAUACAGAUGAGAAUGAUUCUACCUCGAUUGGUGUUCUGCUAAAUAUGCCCCUUGGCCCCAUGUUAUCGCUUAGUCUGUUUCCCUGUUGCUCCAUGCGCUUGGUCGCAAAGAUCGUUUCAUCGCCCGACAAUGGCGCUUUACUCCUUGAUAUCACUAGCUUCUCACUCACCAACAACACCACAUCUCAGCUCAGAUCAUCUGCAGCCCGAGGCUCCCGCCCUCCAGAUCAAGAACGCCUCCUCGACCCAUCCUACCUCGGAUUGCUCGAGGCACUCAGCUCUCUUCUACCUUGCUUUGCAUCACAUAGCAACAUGUCCCGCACGCCCAUCGUCCCGAUCACAGCCACCGCCGUUGUCACCUCGACCCCAACCGCCUCCAUUGCCGCCUCCACCGCCUCCUCCACCCCGAAAUCCACCGCCUCCUCCGCCGGCCCGAUCAUCGGCAUCGUCGCCGGCUCUCUCGUCGGAGUUGUUGUUCUCUCCGGCCUCGUCGGUUUCCUCUUUAAGAAAUACCGCAACAAAGAGGACCCCUACGAAGCCAACCCGUUUGACCGCGAUGCAUUCCAACGUCACUCGACCAUGAUCCCCGAUCGCUUUGACUCGGACGAUGGCCAUGGCGGUAGCCCGGGCGCAGGUGCAAUCGGCUCUGAAAUGUCCGAGCACUACCAGCAGUACAACAACUACGCUCCUCACUACGAAUCCGGUAUUUCCGCUGGCGCUGCAGGUGCGGUUGCCGGUAUGGCCUACAACGAGAGCGGUGCACCUCGCCCACCUCGCCCACCUACCAUGUUCGCAAAACACGCUGCAGGUGUGCAACAAAACGCUGGUCCCCAAGUAGGAGGAUACUACAAGGACGGCGAGUAUUCGAUGCCGGUAGAGGACUACCAUGCACCACCUAAUGCUGCUUUUGCUAACAACCACCACGAGCAGGCUUACUUGGAUCAGCCCGGUUUUGGCGGGCAGGCACAGAGGAGUGUCUCUCCUGCGCCGCAAUUGCCACCUUUGGCUGCGUUCGGUGGGGAUCCCUACAGUAUUGCAGGUGUAGGUAGAGGUCAAGGGCAGCCAAAUGUUGCUAAUCCCUAUGCCCACUUGGAUCGAUCGCUUGCUCCUCAACCUGCAUUCGCUCCGGGUGCGCUUGUUCGCAAUCACACAGCUGGAAGCAACUCGCUCUCGUCCCGUGAUGAGAGCGCUGAUCAACGUCAUGCGUCCAUUUCUGCUGCUGAAGCGCUUGCUGCCGGUUUGGCUCAUCAGUCCAGCUUGAACCACUCAGCUAAUCCUCAACCUGGCCAAAAGGGAGAGUAUGCUACUGCAGCAAGACGUGGUACCAGCCAAGGCACAAGUGCAACUCCUGACCUUGCCAACGUUCAACAGACAUACGCUCAGGACCCUCGAAACCCUUUCGAAGCUCAACAUGAACAGCAGCAGCAACACUACCACCAACAGCAACAGCAGCACCAACAGCAACAGCAGCAACAGCAACAGCAACAGCAACAGCAACAGCAACAGCAACAGCAACAACAGCAACCGGGAUUGCAAGUAAGGAAUCUAGUUCCUAACACUUCUUCUGCUGGUCAGAGACCUAUCUCGAAUGCAAGCUCCUUUGCUGAUCCUGAAGAUGCCUACGGCGGUGUUUACUAA